AUGCGUCAUGCCGCAUUUUCUCGUCUGCUCCGAUUCACCUUCUUUUUUAAAGAGCUGGCCCUCCUUCUGUCGACUGUUCUGAGGUUGCUCCCCCUCCCUGCAACUGCCGCAGUGGUGCUGGCGCCCGAACAUGAGCUCAAGAGCACGGAACUGGCCGCGGACGGCCCAGUCCUCCAACAUCUUGCUCGUUCCCAUGAUUCCGGCAUUGUGCGCCCGGCACAAUUGCUACCCCAGGCUCAGCAAAUCGCCGAUUUCUCCAACACUUACCAGAGACAAGAAGGAUUGGGACGCCGCGCCAAAGAGAAGCUACUCGAUAAGGAAUUCUUCCUGAGUCUGCUCAACUCUGCCGCGACCAAGCGCGAAGCAAAACAAUACCUAUCUCGCUUCAAAGCUAGCCCUUCCAAGUCAGAUCCAAAGAACGCAGAAGAAUCCAUCAAAGAAUCCAUAACAGAAUCGUUACCGCUGGGUGUUAAUUUGGGCUCUUUCUAUGGAGCUUCACGAGCCGUUUAUGAAACCCCGGUGUUCCGACAAAACACAACCCCGGCUCCUCGCGGACAAGAACCCGCCGAGCGACUACAUAUGGCCUUGAUCAAGAUUAGUACACCCCAAUCUCUCGAUGAUUAUACGAUCAAGGGGGUGGCCAAAACCCUGUCGCAGCUCGUUCGUCUGGGCAUGGCGUGUUGCGUCGUUAUCGACCCAGGGAAGAUAGAUAAUGUUACUGCAGUGCGACAAGUUGCCAUCGAGCAGGCUAAUCGGAUUUCAGCGGCAGUCGAUGAACAGCCAGACUCAAAAUCAUUCCGUCUGGACUCGGCCUUAUCGCUAUCAGAGGACUCCGGUCAACUCACGGUCAUGUCUCGGAAGGGUCUGCUGAGCCCUCUUCGCGACGGACACGUCGUCAUCGUCACACCGAUUGCGUACAUGGAAGAGAACCCCAAGGCUGUCGCAGUGACUGCAAACGAGGCUGUGAUAGCCCUGACGAAGGAAUUUGCUGGAUUGAGUACCUCUCCGGACCCUGACGAAGACCCAACAGUCACUGCGGAGACAAUCAGCAGUUUACAGAAGGAGGUUUCUCUGGAUCGAGUGAUUCUGCUUCACCCUCUUGGAGGCAUUCCGGCAUUCAGGGGUCCUCAGUCGUCCCAUGUCUUCAUUAACAUGGAACAAGAGUAUGAUGAGAUUGAGGAAGAAUUGAAUGAUAUACGAGACUCUCUUGUCGGCGAGGGAAAUGAAACAGUCGCUCGCAAAGAUCCUGGACCUGCAUCAUCUAUCUUGGAGAGCAAUCCUUUAUCCAUGUUCGUGAAUCAAGAAAUAGCUUCGCCUCUUCCAGGACAGUCGCAGAGGCUCCCUGGAGCACAAGCCAUAGGCCAUGUGCUUGAUGGCCAUAUGGACAAUCUUCGACUGUCGCGACAAGCUCUGGCUGUACUGCCAUCUGCCUCUUCUGGCAUUAUCACGUCACCUCAGGAAGUCGCCAACUCCGCUCGUACACCGCAGACAGAUACCUCGGAUUUGUCUGCCGUUGGAACUCGUCGCCAGCGCAAUCCGCUCAUCCACAGUCUUCUCACAGACAAACCGCUUCUUUCAUCAUCUCUACCCCCAGGGCGUCGUGGGACUGCCCAUGGUGGACCCAGUGCAAUUAGCCCAUUUACUUCUCACACAACCUUCAUCAAACGUGGAAUGCCUCUCACGGUCCUUCCGAACCCCUGGGUGCAAAUGUGGAGUCCUCAACGGAAACGUGUGCAAUUGAAUGAUCCCUCAAUCGACUUGCCCCGUCUUGUCCAUCUCAUUGAAGAUUCAUUCGACCGCAAACUUGAUGUACAGAAAUACUUGGAACGAGUGAACGACCGUAUUGCCGGCCUGAUCAUCGCCGGAGAAUACGAAGGUGGUGCAAUCCUGACCUGGGAAACACCACCGGGUGUCGUCGACGACGGCAGCGAGGAGAGCGCUGCUCGCAUGGUCCCAUAUUUGGACAAAUUCGCAGUCCUCAAGCGCAGCCAGGGCGCAGGCGGAGUCGCUGACAUAGUGUUCAAUGCCAUGGUGCGCUCAUGUUUCCCUAAUGGAGUUUGCUGGCGCAGUCGCAAAGACAACCCCGUGAACAAAUGGUAUUUCGAGCGCUCGAAUGGGACCUGGAAGCUUUCCGAUAGUAACUGGACCAUGUUCUGGACCACAGCUGGACUGCCGGAGGAUAUGCAGAAGUUCCAGGAUUAUGAAGCCGUGUGCAGGAUGAUUCAGCCGAGUUGGGCCGACAAUAAAAGUGUUAUCGAUUGA